AUGAAUUGUUCAGAUAUUGAGGAUGGAGUUGAACACGAUAGGCCUAAAAAGCUCGCGAUAGGCGUGCCAGGUGGUUUUGAACUUCCCCAGGACAAAUUCACCGUCAUCGAGAAGUGGUGUCUUCGUCGUUUCCCUGGAGGACACUCACUGGAUAUUCCUUGUCCAUUGGAGAAUUCCGCAGUUGCAGAUGUGUCACAUCUGGAGGGUCUGGGUCUAUCCACCAAACUCAUGUCCUGCAUUAAUGCCAUUCAGCGUUGCGACUCGGCCAUUCUCAUGGCUGAGCGCGCUUCUGCAGCUGCCGCUUGGGAGGCCGAAAAUGUUCGCCCAGUUUCGAAAUUCGCUCAAAGUUUAAUUCAGCUGAACAAUGGAGUCACUGUUCCACCCAGUGGUCUCAAGUGUCACAAGUGCGAGCUGACAACGAACUUGUGGAUGAAUCUUACCGACGGAACGAUUUCCUGUGGUCGAAGGUUCUGGGAUGGUUCAGGCGGCAAUAAUCACGCCAUUGAACACUACGAGCGCACCAAGUAUCCCUUAGCUGUGAAAUUGGGUACAAUCACACCCAAUAGCGCCGAAGUCUUCUCUUACGCGGAGGACGACAUGGUGACUGACCCAUUGUUGGCUCAGCAUCUAGCUCACUUUGGUAUUGACAUGCAGUGUCAGCGCAAGACCGAUCGCACUGUGAUGGAGAUGGAGGUGGAAGCCAACGAGCGACUAGGCGAAUGGCUCACCCUGCAGGAGGCUGAUCGCAAGCUCACUCCUCUUUAUGGACCAAGUCUCACCGGACUAGUUAACCUCGGCAACACUUGUUAUAUUAACUCGGCUAUACAGGUUCUUUUUGCGACGGAGGCUUUUCGCAGACGCUAUGCUCUCGCCUUACCUAGUUUUGUCGAAACGGCAAUGGACACCGUAGCACGCACUGGAAGUGCAACUGCUGCUGUGGAGUCUUUCGGCUUGCAGAUGAGCAAGUUAGGUCAGGCACUCUGCUCUGGUGUCUACUCGUUCCCUCCAAUGGAGAUGGGUCAGAUCAAGGAGGGGGAAGUGGUGCCCAAACAACCUGAUGUACAGGAAUUCCUUGUCCACCUCUUUGACCUGGUGGAACGUGAGGUGGGUGAAAAUUCGGCAAUUGGCGCUCCUUCUCCUCUGCAUUCGCUUUCCUUUGCUGUGGAAGAUCGCAUCCAAUGCGCAUUGACUGGCAAGGUUCAAUACAAGGAACGAAUGGAGACAAUUCUCUGCCUUCCGAUUCCGCUGGAGUCGGCAACAAACAGAGACGAGUUUGACGCCUACGAGAAGCGCAAAAGUGAAGCAGAGAAGACGAAGACACCGUUCAAGGAGGAUCCUGUCUACUUAAAAAUUGGCAUUGAGGCGACUUGGGCAGCUCAGGAAGCAAUACAAGAUUUCAUUUCUCCGGCCACCGAUCCACCUGGUCAAAGGACUACAGCACUUCGUUCUUCCCGCUUGGUCACCUUUCCCGACAUUCUCUGCGUACAGAUGCUGAAAUUCACUCUGAGCGAAAACUGGCUUCCACGAAAGUUGAAUGUGGCUAUUCAGCUGGAUCCAAAUUCCCCCGCGGACGGGCGUCCUCACUCUGGAUGGCGGUUAGACCUUUCCGAUCUCCGUGCUCUUGGUGGACUUCAACCUGGCGAGGAAGCUAUGCCUAGUGAGGCCACUGACCACUUGCACGAAUCAGCAGCAACAGCAGACGAGGCCGUGAUGGAACAACUGCAGAGCAUGGGUUUUACACGCAACGCCUGUCUGCGUGCCUGUCUAGCGACAGCCUCGAACGUCGAGGCUGCAUCAAACUGGCUAAUGGAACAUUUGGACGAUUCUGAUCUCAACGACCCCAUCUCUGGUACCACAUCUUCCCCCAAUGCUUCCGGCGUUACCGUUGAUACGGGUGCCCUUGCCACGCUGCUCGAAAUGGGUAUCACGGAGGACCUAUCACAGAUCUGA